GCUGACAAGACUGCAAACUGAUCCCAGAUCUGGAAACGGAAACGGAAACUGGAGCAGCACAUACGGUGCUUGGCGCGUUAGUCCAAGCUGUUGGCGCCACCGACACAAUUCAUUGAGUUCUGUCAGUGGUAGCAGCCCAGAGUUGGUUGUCUUGCGAACACUUUUGUAAAGUUGUCUUUUUGUAGCUAAAUAACCUCCUUACAGACAUGACGAAGCUCUCAGAGGGUGCGAUAGAGGCUCUGUCAAGUGGCAACGGUGGUAACGACGCAGUGCUUCAGCUGGUGAACAUUCGCAAGAUUGAUGGAGGAAGUGGCCCAGCUCGCUUUCGGGUGAUGAUGAGUGAUGGACUGCACACUCUAUCCUCCUUCAUGCUCUCAACGCAGCUGAACUUCAUGGCUGAGGAGAACAAACUGCUUCCAAACUGCAUCUGCAUCCUGAAGAAACAUGUGACUAAUAUACUGAAAGAUGGACGACGAGUGGUAAUCAUUUUGGAAAUUGAAGUCAUCAAGCCAGCUGAAGAUGUUGCUGGAAAGAUAGGUGACCCUACUCCUUACACUGAUGGUCAGAGCAAAGUCCCACAGUCAGCACCAAACACUGAAAACCGUGCUCCACUUCAGCAGCAAAAUAGACUAAAUGAAUCAGCGAACAGAGGUUUCAAUAGAGACUUUGGGAAGAAGGCCCCAUCUGCUAUGCCCAGUACUCCAGGGGGCAGCUCCAAAGUUGUGCCUAUUGCCAGCCUCAACCCCUAUCAGUCCAAGUGGACCAUCCGCGCCCGAGUCACCAACAAGAGCUCCAUCCGCACAUGGAGCAACUCUCGGGGUGACGGAAAACUCUUCUCCAUGGAGAUUGUGGACGAGAGUGGAGAGAUACGAGUAACUGGUUUCAAUCAAGAGGUGGACAAGUUCUUCAGCCUUAUUGAGGUUGGCAAGGUCUACUAUGUCUCCAAGGCCUCCCUGAAGAUCGCCAACAAGCAGUACACGUCAGUGAAGAAUGACUAUGAGAUGACUCUCAACGGCGAGUCCAGCAUUAUCCCCUGCGAGGACAGCUGCGAUGUCCCCAUGGUGCAGUGUGACUUUGUGUCCAUCGGUGACCUGGAGAACAGAGACAAAGAUGCCAUCGUUGAUGUGAUCGGAGUGUGUAAAAGCUGUGAUGAGGUGACCCGCCUCACCACCAAGACCAACAGAGAAGUGUCCAAGAGGACAGUCAGCCUGAUGGACAUGUCUGGGAAGCUGGUGUCUGUCACGCUGUGGGGAGAGGAAGCAGAAAAGUUUGAAGGCUCUGGACAGCCCAUUGUAGCCAUUAAGGGGGCGAAGCUUUCAGACUUUGGAGGCCGGUCCCUCUCUGCAUCCUUUAGCAGCACCCUGAUGAUCAACCCAGACAUCCCUGAGGCAUAUAAACUCAGAGGCUGGUAUGACAAGGAGGGUCAUGCCAUGGAUGGACAGUCUCUGACAGAGGUGAAAGGCAGCGGGGGAGGACCCACCAACUGGAAGACUCUGUCUGACGUUAAGACUGAGCACCUGGGACACGGAGACAAGGCAGACUACUACACCUGCAUAGCUACCAUAGUGUACCUGCGCAAGGAAAACUGCCUUUACCAGGCAUGUCCCAGCCAAGAAUGCAACAAAAAAGUGGUAGACCAACAGAAUGGCAUGUACCGCUGUGAAAAGUGUGACAAAGAGUUCCCCAACUUCAAGUACCGCCUCAUCCUUUCUGCCAACAUUGCAGAUUAUGCGGACAACCAGUGGGUGACUUGCUUCCAGGAGAGUGCAGAGGCCAUUUUGGGCCAGAAUGCAGCUUACCUCGGGCAGCUCAAGGACUCGAAUGAAACUGCCUUCGAUGAGGUCUUCCAACAAGCCAACUUCAACACUUUCGUCUUCCGCAGCAGAGUGAAGCUUGAAACGUAUAACGAUGAAUCCAGAAUCAAGGCUACAGUGAUGGAAGUGAAGCCUGUUGACCACAAGGACUACAGCAAGAGGUUGAUCAUGAACAUAAGGAAAAUGGCUGCUCAGUAGGCAUUUAUGCCAAGUAUUCUGUUUCAGUUUUGUUUCUGUACAGUCAACAAACAGCUUAAUAUGUAUUACAAAGUUUUGCUUACAAAGCAUUUGUGUUUAGUUGUUUUGGUUACAUGUAAAAGCCCUAAAAAUGUACUUAAAACGGCUCACCUUACCUUUGUUAAGUAAUGAUUUGUGGCUUGAUUCUUAUUUGUUGGUGAACACAACUGACAAGGGUUUUCUCUUUUUGUUAUUUGGGGAAGCAGAGCAGAGAGUGGGUCAGUAAGCCACGAAACAAAUCAUCAGUGUCUGUCUUAAGUCAGCCAGUUGUUUUGUACUAUGGUCAUGUGGGGGUGGAGGCAGUUUUAAGCAGUCGACCAGUACAGUAGCGAGCACUCUUUUCACUUUUCUGACGUGCACUCAAAACGGCUGGCUGGACCUGCACAUCCCUGAUAAGGCCAUUUACUCUCCCACUCUUCUUUGGCUCCGUCUCUCACAUACUUGCAAACAUAGGCACAUAUACACAUGCACAGUGCAGACCUAAUGGGAAAUCAACUGCCGUCUAUUAAAGUAGAUACAAGGUGUUGUCCAUUUUUUGAAUGCCUGUAACUGUUUUGUCUGUCCUCUUCAGUUUUUGUUGUGAUAAUUGUGAAAAUAAAGAUGGUUCUAAUUAA